CUGGUUUGCCGCUGAGAUAAAACAAACUUACUUUUUGUGCAGAAUGUAAAUUAUCUAGCAACAAGAUUAAUUUAAGCUAAAACUCAACAUCUGAAAAAUUGUAAACAGAAAAUUUUCUGAGCAUGUUAACCAUGUAAAUUUAAAAUAAAUUUUAAAAGACAAUGUAAUAUAUACUCAAAACUCAGGAUUUAUGAAAAACAAAAAUUUGCAGGGAUUCACAAUCUCUGUGUAGUAUAAAAAGAGGGGGCUGAUAUGCAAACAGAAACUGCUAAAUAGUUUCAGUAUAAAAUAAAUUUGAUUCUUCAAACAAAAUAUUAUUUUUGUUAAUUAUAUACAUAUAAUUAAAUACAGCUGUUAAAUUUGCAGUACUAAUUUUUUUGAAAAUUGUAAUUUAGUUUGUUUGCAUCCAAAAAUGAGCAUGGAUUAAGCAGAUUAUCAGAAUUCAGCUGUAUACUAGAAAUUUGCAAUUCAAUUAUUAUUUAGUCUAAUACAUCUACAUAAUUUUGAUUAAGAUAUUUUCAAUUGCUAAAAAAUUAUUAAUGUAUAUUUAACUUUUUAUAGGUAAUGAUAAAAUAGAAGAUGAGAAACUGGGAGAACUGAAGUCAUGUGAAAAUGAUGUUCUAUGUGAUAAUGUCUCUGAAAGUGCUAAAAUGUCGUCAGCUUCAGCAAAAAUAAGCGACAAUGUUUCAAACAGUGCCUUAAUAGUUCAUACUUUAUCAGAUUUAGAAAAUAACCCAGGUGACAAAAAUUUGGUGUUUGUGUAUAAAUUAGGGUCUAAAGAAAAAUCUAGUGAGAAAGUCUUUAAUUCUUAUGAGAAUAAAAGACUAAUUAAAUUAAAAAAGCAGAUGUUUUUAAAGCAUAAUAUUUUAAAUGGGAAAAAUUCUGUAAAAAAUAAGUUAAAAGAAAUGAAACAUGAUAAAUCUUUAUUGGCCCUCUGUUCCUUAAAUAAUGUAGAGAAUUCAGCUGCAGAUAUCUCAUCUGCUCCUCUUUUAUCUUGUCGAUUUUGUCAGACAGAAUUUUUCUCUUUGAAAAACUUUGAAGACCAUAAAUGUGAAAGUAUAAACUAUAUUUGGAAUCAAAGUGUACAUAAAUGCAAGCUGUGUUCUAUGGAAUUCACACAGAAACAUCAUUUAGAUAGGCAUUUGAAUGGCCAUACCAGAAAUAACUGCACAAUAUGUAAUGCACAAUUUACCAAACGCAAAGCUCUUUGUAAGCAUUUAAAGACUGAUCACAGUAUUUGCGAACCAGAGAAAUUGUAUCAUUGUUCUUUUUGUGAGAAACAUUUUUCUAAGAGACCUUCUCUAAAUGCGCAUUUAAAACAACAUGCAGAGGGUCAAUUAUUAUGCAUAAAAUGUGGUUUUAUGUGCAAAAAUGAAAAUGUUUUCAAUGAUCAUAUGAAAGAUCACUUAAAAAAUUCAAAAUAUGAAUGUAUGCUUUGUGAAAAAAAAUUUGUACGACGUCAACAGUACAAUCAACAUAUGAUGGGACAUGAAAGGCAUGUCUGUUCUCUAUGUGAUAUGACAUUUUCAACAAAAAAAUUAUUGCUUAAGCAUCAACAGUCUACACAUGAUGCUCAAGUGACAGAGAAAAAGCAUGAAUGCCCAGUUUGUAAAAAGUUAUUUCUUCGUCCUAAGCAUCUGCAAAUUCAUCAAAGAUGUCACACAGGAGAAAAACCUGUUAAGUGUUCUCAUUGUGAAAAAAGCUUUUGCAAUGACAGAGCACUUUCCAAGCAUAUGAAAACUGUGAGACAUCUGCAGCGUGUAAAUGUAGAUGAAGGCAAAAAUGUUGAAAUUGAGAAACCCUUUCUAUGUGCAGAAUGUGGUGCUACAUUUUAUCGCCAACAGAGUCUUCUACGGCACAUUGAAAUACAACAUACAACUAGUGAGUCUCUGAAGUGUGAGCACUGUGAGUAUAGUACAAAAUGCAAAGCAAAUUUAAAACGGCAUUCUGAACUUCAUACUGAUAAAAGACGUUUCAUAUGUGAAAUCUGUGGUUCUUCUUUUCGGGCUUUAGCAACCUUAAAAGAGCAUCAUGUGUAUGUACAUUCUGAAAAUAGGAGUUUUGUGUGCACUAUCUGUAAUAAAGCUUUUAAAAGUAAAAGUAGUUUACAACGUCAUUUGCGAAUUCAUAGUGAAGUAAGACCUUAUAAAUGUCAUUGUAGUAGAGAUUAUAAAAGAAUGUCUCACCUUAAGCGGCAUAUGAUUUCUGCUCACUGCAUGACCUUUAAAAGAAAUUUUAGCUCUAAAACUGAAGAAUCUUCAGAUGCAGAAAUAAAUAUUGGCAACCAGAAUGCAACACCUAAUGAAAUGGAAAUGGCUGAAGUUCUACAAAAGCAGUCUUCUUCUAGUAAUGAUUUUCCUUUGUUUAUUUCAACUAAUUAUUUAUUUGAUCAUGAAAAACUAAGUGAGAUUGUCAUAGAUAAAAAUAUUGAUGAAGAACAUAUUUCUUCAACUCCAGUUGAAGAAGAUAAUUACACGAAUGUGCCUUCAAAAAAUAUGCAAAGUUUUCUUGCUAAGCCUGGUGAUAAUAUUUUAACUAAUAAUUCUGAAAAUGCUCUUAUGACCUUCAUUUCUCAGUCAGAUGUUCAUUCACGGCAAGUUUCUUUGCCGUCACCAUCAGCAAAUAGUAAAGAUAGAAAUUCUGUUUCUUUAGAUGAUUCUAAUUUAAAUUUAUCACCUAGUAGUUAUUGUAAUUUUAGUUUGUCUUCUAGCUCCCUUAGUUCAUUUAUUGAAACUGUACCUUCAAAUCUGCAACCUCAAAGUACUUCACAUGGUGUUUUAACUCUAACAUCAUCUCAAGAUAACCUCAAUCGACCACAUUCCUUACCAAAUUUAAAUUUUGAAAAUCAGGCUACAAAUAUUGAUUCAUUUGCCCAUUUCGCAUUGCAUAAUAGAGACUCACCUUCACCAUCAGUUUCAAUUUCAUCUUUCUUGCUGAAUGAAAUGCCUUCUUCUCCACAACUUCCAGAUUUGAACUUAGAACACAACACUUCAACAAAGCAGUUAUUUGAAGAUACUGAUGAUAUACUUACCAUGCCACAGUACACAACAAAUAGUAAUUUAGGUGUAACAGGUAGCCCAACACAUCUUUUCAGUCAAUCAAGAAAUACAGAUUUUUGGGAUCAUGAUACCAGCAAUAGGCUUAAAAUGUCAGGCAAUGAUGUAAUUGCAUCAAAUUCAUGUGCCAAUAUUGUUUCAUCCAUGACAAACUUUUCAAACAUGCCUCCUAACACAAACAAUAUUUUGUCUCAUAAUUUAAUAUUUUCUAAUGAUUCAUUAAAUUAUGCAAAUUCUUCUGACUUUGAAAUUGUCUGAUGUACAGAUGUACAUUAGUUAUUAAUUUAAAGUUAGCUAUGAGAUGUUGAUAUAAUUAAAAGCUCUUUGUAGAUAAUAAUACCUAUACAUUAAAAAAUACACAUAAACUUGAGUAAUACUGAUUAUCUUUCUUAAAAUUUACAGAUGAUAUAUGAAAGUUUCAGAAGCAUGAUGGUCCAAUUCCAAAAUUCCCAGGCAUAAAUAGAAGGGCUAGCUCAUUUCUUUGUUCGACUCCUCGCCGAUGCGAGCCUAAUGGGGGGAUGUAACAGGCAAUAAUGUGACGUCACUGUGAUGCCACCUGUCCUGAUUUCACGCGUUU